AAGUGAUCAUCAUGAGAGUGUUAGUUAGACACUUAGGUUAGAUAUUAAGUUAACUUAUAUAUGAACAUAUACAAAUUGUACUUGCACUGCUGGAUUGUUGGAUCUCGUUUCAGUUUUAGUAGUACCCUUUUUUACUUCAUCAUAUGCAACAUCUAGCUAGCUAGGCCAGACAAAAUUGUAAGAGAGCUAUUUCGGAUUAUUCACUCUUGCUCGGCUGGAGUACUGUUUUGUGCGCAUCCCAUUACAGGCAAAGCAUGGUAUCACGGAGUAAUCAGUAGGAGGAUAGGGGUACAUGUAUAUAUAACCAGCCAUUACAAUGAAACCAGUCUCAUGCAUCCUUCUUGGAGGGUUCUACUAAGUUCUUACUUUACCCAAUCAUUCUACAAUAAAACACAGGUGCAUUUUGAAUCAUGAUAAUGCAUAUAAAGUUGAUUUCAUGUCCGCCAAUGUUGAAAGCUUGAAAGUUAGAGGCGGAACUAAACAAAGUACAAACCAUGAAUGAGUAUACAUCAGGAGGACCUAAUCCAUGGUAUAUGUACACAACUAGAGAUCCAUCAAAUCCAUUAUCUCAAACUCAACCAGGAGUGAUAAAUCCAGAUUUGGGGAAACUUCCAAAGAGUACAGUAGGGGGAGGAAUAAACUCAUCACCACCAUCACCAGUAAAUGCAAUAUCUUUUGGUUUUGUGGCAACAGCAAUAUUAAUCGUAAUGUUUCUUGCAAUGGCAUUCUUUGAACAUUUACUGAGGCAAAGAAUUCCAUCUCUCCCUUCAUCAUCACCUCAGGGUUCAGCGGAAGAAGCUGCACACUCGUUAGAAUCGGGACAAGAACAACCUCGGGAUGGAAUUCAUAUAUUUGGAAAAAUGAGAAGUCCACAAAAUGUGUGGAACUCGUACCCAAACACCGAUGUCUCCGUGUUGAUGCCAGGGAAUAAUUGUGCAACUUUCAUUGCCCAACCUGCUCCUCUACCAUGCAGAAGAGAAGGGAUUCAUUGGUCUUCUUCAUAUGAUCACAGUUUUGCAACUUAGUUUUCACCGUAGCCUUAACUUUAAGCAUCAGCAUAUACUGUAAUACCAAUCAGUUAUCCAAGAGAAAUAGUGCAACAAAUUGAACGUAGUUCUGCAGUACUCGAGUAAUACACUACUUGUUUCACAAAUCCAUUUUACUUGGUAGCUUUUUGCCUAUCCAAGAUUCAUUCCUGCAGUC